AUGCAAAGAAUGUCAAUUAUCUAUUUUCCUAUUUUUAGGCCAUUGCACUGUACUCUUAACGUAAUGUCUUUAUAGAGAUAUACUGUAACUAUUCAGGCGUUUGUUGUUGUUUGUGUUGGACAUACGUACUGUAUUACAUAAAUAUUAAAAAUAGAAGCUACCGUACAACAUGAAAAACCUAAUUUUGAUUUUGAUGGCCAUACACACAGCAGCAGCAAAAGCAGCUUCAAAAAGGCAUAAGUGGAAAUGAAAUCCUGAAACCUUACAAGUUUAUGCUAAAAUCUACAUACUAUAACUCAAAAUGGAACAAAGUUUAGUUCGAAGGGCAAAAACAAACAAGGAGGACCAUUUGCUGCAUUUACUGAUAUUGGUAACGUUGAUGUGUUUUUUUCUAAAAACAUUUACUAAAAAACUUAAUUUCUAUAUAGUUUUGUGUCAGUCUAGCCGGCCCACUGUGCAGAUACUUGGACAUGUAUUGUUCCCGUUUCAGCACAACACUUGAGGGAUGAUGACAAAGGAAUUCCUCUCUGUGCCUAUUUAAAGAUUGAGUUUCAGUCCACUGGCUGCUUGAGAAUAUCUAUGAUUAAUGGCUACGCUGCAUGGAGCUCCUAAUAUGGGCCCGUCAGGGGGCCAGCCCAUCACUCAUAAGACUCUGACCCGCUGAUUUCUAUAUUGCUCUCCACUCAUUAACCCCCACCCUUCAUGUACCCCCAGCCCACCUCAGACACAAAUACAUUCCUUGUGCCUGAACCACUCCUCCAUAUUUGGUAGAGUGGCUUUGUUUAUAAAGGACACUCAUGGUGCAACCCCCUAUAGGUCACCAAACCAUCACAAGGACUAUCACGCAUCACGUCUAAGAAAGGACUGGUAAGACAAGGUGAAGAUGGGUGAUGCUGCCAUGAAAGAGUUUGGGGCAGCAGCCCCUUACCUAAGGAAGUCGGACAGGGAGCGGCUGGAGGCCCAGACACGGCCGUUCGACAUGAAGAAGGAGUGCUUUGUUCCCGACACUGAUGAGGAGUACGUGAAGGCUUCCAUCGUCAGCCGUGAGGGGGACAAAGUCACUGCUCAGACUGCAAAAGGGAAGACAGUCACAGUGAAGGAGUGUGACGUCCAUCCUCAGAACCCGCCGAAGUUUGAUAAAAUUGAAGACAUGGCGAUGUUCACUUUCCUCCACGAGCCCGCUGUGCUGUUCAACCUCAAAGAGCGAUACGCAGCAUGGAUGAUCUAUACCUACUCUGGGCUGUUCUGUGUGACUGUCAACCCCUACAAGUGGCUGCCAGUCUACAACCAGGAGGUGGUUAUUGCUUACAGAGGAAAGAAGAGGAGUGAAGCUCCUCCUCACAUCUUCUCCAUCUCUGACAAUGCCUACCAGUACAUGCUGACUGACCGAGAAAAUCAGUCAAUUCUCAUCACUGGAGAAUCUGGUGCUGGGAAAACUGUCAACACUAAGAGAGUCAUCCAGUACUUUGCUAGCAUUGCAGCUGGAGGUGGGAAGAAGGAAGGGACCUCAGAAAAAAAGGUUAUUAUGCUAAAGUUGAAGAAGAUACAUCAUUUAAGUACUGCAAUUCAUAUUUUUUAUUUUACUGUAGUUUAUCAGCUGGAGCAAACUUUGUGCUCUGUAUUCUUUCAGGGUACUCUGGAGGAUCAAAUCAUCCAGGCUAACCCAGCUCUAGAGGCCUUUGGUAAUGCUAAAACCAUCAGAAAUGAUAACUCAUCCCGAUUUGGAAAAUUUAUCCGAAUUCACUUUGCUGCCAGUGGAAAGCUGGCGUCGGCUGAUAUCGAAACAUAUCUGCUGGAAAAGUCCCGUGUCACCUUUCAGCUUAAAGCUGAGAGAGAUUACCACAUUUUCUACCAGAUUCUGUCUCAGAAGAAACCAGAACUGCUUGAGAUGUUGCUCAUCACCAACAACCCCUAUGACUACGCCUUCAUCUCCCAAGGAGAGACAACUGUAGCCUCCAUCAAUGAUGCUGAAGAGCUGAUGGCCACUGAUGAUGCCUUUGAUGUGCUGGGCUUCACUCAAGAGGAGAAAAACAGUAUUUACAAGCUGACCGGUGCCAUCAUGCACUAUGGUAACAUGAAGUUUAAGCAGAAGCAACGAGAGGAGCAGGCAGAGGCCGAUGGCACUGAAGAUGCUGACAAAGUAGCUUAUCUGAUGGGCCUCAACUCUGCCGACCUCAUCAAAGGUCUCUGUCACCCAAGAGUUAAAGUAGGAAAUGAGUGGGUGACCAAGGGACAAAAUGUGCAGCAGGUGUAUUACGCCGUUGGUGCAUUGUCCAAGGCAGUGUAUGAGAAGAUGUUCCUGUGGAUGGUUGUAAGGAUUAAUCAAUCCUUGGACACCAGGCAGCCCCGUCAAUACUUCAUCGGUGUGCUGGACAUUGCUGGGUUUGAGAUUUUUGAUUUCAACACCUUUGAGCAGCUUUGCAUCAACUUUACCAAUGAAAAACUGCAACAGUUUUUCAACCACCACAUGUUUGUGCUGGAGCAAGAAGAGUAUAAGAAGGAGGGUAUUGAGUGGACCUUCAUUGAUUUUGGAAUGGACCUGCAGGCCUGUAUUGACCUCAUUGAAAAGCCUAUGGGCAUCAUGUCCAUCCUUGAAGAGGAAUGCAUGUUCCCCAAAGCCACCGAUUCCACCUUUAAAGCGAAACUCUAUGACAACCAUCUGGGGAAAUCUGCCAACUUCCAGAAGCCCAGAAUUAUCAAAGGGAAAGCGGAGGCUCACUUUGCCCUGAUGCACUAUGCUGGAACUGUUGAUUACAAUAUCAACAACUGGCUGGUGAAGAACAAGGAUCCUCUGAAUGAGACGGUUGUAGGACUCUACCAGAAGUCAACUCUCAAGCUGUUGUCUUUGCUCUUCGCAAAUUAUGCUGGAGCUGAUUCAGAAGGUGGAAAAGGUGGCAAAGGAGGGAAGAAGAAGGGAUCAUCCUUUCAGACGGUUUCUGCCUUGCACAGGGAGAACCUGAACAAGCUGAUGACCAACUUGAGGUCCACUCACCCUCACUUUGUGCGAUGCAUCAUCCCCAAUGAGACCAAGACUCCUGGGGCCAUGGAGAACCCUCUGGUGAUGCACCAGCUGCGCUGUAACGGUGUGCUGGAAGGCAUCAGGAUCUGCAGGAAGGGUUUCCCCAACAGGAUCCUCUACGGAGACUUCAAGCAGAGAUAUCGCAUUUUAAAUCCUGCUGCCAUCCCUGAGGGUCAGUUCAUUGACAGCAGGAAGGGAGCUGAAAAACUGCUUGGAUCUCUGGAUAUUGAUCACAAUCAGUACAAGUUUGGACACACAAAGGUGUUCUUCAAGGCUGGUCUUCUUGGACAGCUGGAAGAGAUGAGGGACGACCGUUUGUCACUCAUUAUUACUGGAAUCCAGGCAAGAUCAAGAGGUCUGCUGGCUCGAGUUGCAUUCCAGAAGAUUGUUGAACGAAGAGAUGCACUGUUGGUGAUCCAGUGGAACAUCCGUGCCUUCAUGGGGGUCAAGAACUGGCCCUGGAUGAAGCUGUUCUUCAAAAUCAAACCUCUGUUGAGAUCUGCUGAGGCAGAGAAAGAGAUGGCCAACAUGAAGGAAGAAUUCCUGAAGCUGAAAGAAGCUUAUGCAAAGUCCGAAGCUCGUAGGAAGGAACUAGAGGAGAAAAUGGUCUCUCUUCUUCAAGAAAAGAACGACCUACAGCUCCAAGUCCAGGCUGAGCAAGAUAAUCUUGCGGAUGCUGAGGAAAGAUGUGAGGGGUUGAUCAAGCACAAAAUUCAGAUGGAAGCAAAAGCCAAAGAGCUGACCGAAAGACUGGAGGAUGAGGAAGAGAUAAACGCAGAGCUGACAGCAAAGAAGAGGAAGUUGGAGGAUGAAUGCUCAGAGUUGAAGAAAGAUAUUGAUGACUUGGAGUUGACUCUGGCCAAAGUUGAGAAGGAGAAACAUGCCACUGAAAAUAAGGUAAAAAACCUGGUGGAAGAGAUGGCAGCUUUGGAUGAAAUCAUUGCCAAGCUGACCAAAGAAAAGAAAGCCUUACAAGAAGCUCACCAGCAAACACUGGAUGACCUGCAGAGUGAAGAAGACAAAGUCAACAGUCUGACCAAGGCUAAAGCUAAGCUGGAGCAGCAAGUGGAUGAUCUUGAAGGUUCUUUGGAACAAGAAAAGAAGAUACGGAUGGAUCUUGAGAGAGCAAAGAGGAAGCUAGAGGGAGACCUCAAAUUGACCCAGGAAAGUCUAAUGGACCUGGAGAAUGAUAAGCAACAACUGGAGGAGCAUCUGAAAAAGAAGGACUUUGAACUUAGUCAGCUCAAUAAUAAAAUAGAGGAUGAGCAGGCAAUUGCCAUUCAGCUUCAAAAGAAACUGAAAGAGCUUCAGGCUCGCAUUGAGGAGCUGGAAGAAGAGCUUGAGGCAGAGCGAGCUGCCCGAGCCAAAGUAGAGAAGCAGAGAUCAGACUUGGCCAGAGAACUGGAGGAGAUCAGUGAGAGGCUGGAGGAGGCUGGUGGAGCAACAGCUGCUCAGAUUGAGAUGAACAAGAAGAGGGAGGCUGAGUUCCAGAAGCUCCGCAGAGACCUUGAAGAGGCCACUCUGCAGCAUGAGGCUACUGCUGCUACACUCAGGAAGAAGCAAGCUGACAGCGUUGCUGACCUGGGAGAACAGAUUGACAACCUGCAGAGAGUCAAGCAGAAACUGGAGAAGGAGAAGAGUGAGCUCAGACUGGAGCUGGAUGAUGUAGUUUCCAACAUGGAGCACAUUGUUAAGACAAAGACAAACCUGGAGAAAACAUGCAGGACUCUGGAAGAUCAGAUGAAUGAAUACAAGUCCAAGUUUGAAGAAGCUCAACGCUGCAUCAAUGACUUCAACAUGCAAAAAGCAAAGCUUCAAACAGAGAAUGGCGAGUUUUCAAGACAGCUGGAAGAGAAAGACUCCCUGGUGUCUCAACUGACGAGAGGGAAAAUGUCUUACACUCAGCAGAUCGAAGACCUCAAGAGGCAACUGGAGGAGGAGACUAAGGCCAAGAAUGCAUUAGCUCAUGCAGUGCAGUCAGCUCGUCAUGACUGUGACCUGCUCAGGGAGCAGUAUGAGGAGGAGCAGGAGGCCAAGGCUGAACUGCAGCGCGGCAUGUCCAAGGCUAAUUCUGAGGUGGCUCAGUGGAGAACUAAGUAUGAAACUGAUGCCAUCCAGAGGACCGAGGAACUGGAGGAGGCCAAGAAAAAGCUGGCUCAGCGUCUGCAGGAGGCUGAAGAGGCUGUAGAAGCAGUGAAUGCUAAAUGUUCCUCUCUGGAGAAGACCAAACACAGGCUGCAGAAUGAGAUUGAAGAUCUCAUGGUGGACGUGGAGAGGUCUAAUGCUGCUGCUGCUGCUCUGGACAAGAAGCAAAGGAACUUUGAUAAGGUCCUGUCUGAGUGGAAGCAGAAGUAUGAAGAGUCUCAGUGUGAGCUGGAAAGCUCCCAGAAGGAAGCCAGAGCUCUAAGCACUGAGCUCUUCAAACUCAAGAACUCUUAUGAGGAGUCUCUUGAUCAUUUAGAGACUAUGAAAAGAGAGAACAAGAACUUGCAGGAGGAGAUUUCUGACCUCACUGAGCAACUUGGUGAGAGCGGCAAGAGCAUCCACGAACUGGAGAAAUUACGGAAACAGCUGGACCAGGAGAAGAGUGAGAUCCAGUCGGCUCUGGAGGAAGCUGAGGCCUCCCUGGAGCAUGAAGAGGGCAAGAUUCUAAGAGCCCAGCUUGAGUUCAAUCAAAUUAAAGCUGAUAUUGAACGUAAACUGGCUGAGAAAGAUGAGGAGAUGGAGCAGAACAAGAGGAACCUGCAGAGGACAAUCGACACCCUGCAAAGCUCUCUGGAAGCUGAGUGUCGCAGCAGGAAUGAGGCCAUGAGGCUGAAGAAGAAGAUGGAGGGAGACCUCAAUGAGAUGGAGAUCCAGCUCAGCCAGGCCAACAGGCAGGCGGCUGAGGCCCAGAAACAGCUGAAAUCUGUUCAUGCACAUCUGAAGGAUUGUCAAAUACAGUUGGACGAGUCUCUCCGGGCUAAUGAUGAUCUCAAGGAGAACAUUGCUAUUGUUGAGAGGCGAAACAAUCUGCUUCAAGCUGAGCUGGAGGAGCUGAGGGCGGCUCUAGAGCAAACAGAGAGAAGCCGCAAACUUGCUGAACAAGAGCUGCUGGAUGUUAGUGAGCGCGUGCAGCUACUGCACUCACAGAACACUGGCUUAAUAAACCAGAAGAAGAAACUGGAGGCCGACGCCUCUCAGCUUCAGACUGAAGUGGAGGAAGCGGUGCAGGAGUGCAGAAAUGCAGAGGAAAAGGCCAAGAAGGCCAUCACUGAUGCAGCCAUGAUGGCAGAAGAGCUGAAGAAGGAGCAGGACACUAGUGCUCACUUGGAACGGAUGAAGAAGAACAUGGAGCAAACCAUCAAAGACCUGCAGCACCGCCUGGAUGAGGCUGAACAGAUCGCCAUGAAGGGAGGCAAGAAGCAGGUGCAGAAGCUGGAGGCCAGGGUGAGGGAGCUUGAGAAUGAGGUGGAGUCAGAGCAGAAGAAGAGCAGUGAAGCAGUGAAGGGAAUCCGUAAAUAUGAAAGACGCAUCAAGGAGCUCACUUACCAGACCGAGGAAGAUCGCAAGAACAUUGCACGUCUGCAGGACUUGGUAGAUAAGCUUCAGCUGAAAGUCAAAGCUUACAAGAGGGCUGCUGAGGAGGCUGAAGAGCAGGCCAAUACUCAUCUGGGAAAGUUCCGCAAAUUGCAGCACGAGUUGGACGAGGCUGAGGAGAGAGCGGACAUCGCAGAGUCUCAGGUCAACAAGAUGCGCGCAAAGAGCCGCGAUGUGAGCUCAAAGAAAGGGCUAGAUGAGGAGUGAACACUAAGACGGUUGGCAUCCCCAGUGUGGUAUUCUUCUCUGUUUUCACAGUAACUGUAGAAUAAAGCAAAGUGCAUUUAA